AUGCGUUCCACUACUACCAGUGGUGCUGCUGCAAUGCUCGUUUCCAAUUGUCCCGAAAAUGCUGCCUCCGCAGCUGCGGGGAUGUCACGGUGGUCAGCAGCAGGCGCCGCGACAUCGACCUGCGCGUCGUCCUUGGACUCACUCUCUCGCUUCAUCACCGCCUCCAGCCUUCCCUUUGCUUGCCACAGCCCCUCUCAGCGAUCGCUAGGGACCGCGACGGUAAUUCGGGCGGGCAGCAGCCACUCAGCGCGCCCUGGCUUACUGGAACAGACUGGCUUGCCUUCUAGCCCCAGCUGCACUUUCCAGGUGGUUGCUGGCCCAGAGCAGGUGGGGCUUAUUAGCGGAGCCGAUUUUAGAGCUCAUUCCAAUAAUCGCCGGUCAGGUGCGGGUGUGUCUGUAGCGGGCGCAGGCCCACCUGAGCGAGCAUCUGCUGUCAUGGGUGCACGUGAUUCACAAUUGCCAGCAACGGCCAACGUGGUACUAGCGGAGGACAGAGAUCAAAGGCUACUAGUACCAGGAGGUACAAGAGUGAAUACGAUGGCGAAUUUGGCCGCGCAAGGAGUGCAUGUAACACCGAUCGGCAGGGCGGUUCGAGGCGUGGGAGAAUGGAUGAUGUCGGCAGGAGGAGGCAGUGUGAUGACGCCGGGCAUGACCGCAUGCCGCAUACUGGUGCCACGAGCGGAGCAGGCGCACGCAACCGGGCUGGCGUCAUGCUCGUCGUCGUGGGGACUGCCAAGGGGGCAAGCGUCGGGAAGUGUGGAGCCACCGAUGGCUAAUUCAGAGAAGGAGGCGGUGCAGCAGCAGCUGUGGAUGCAGCAGCUGGGGCUGAGGGAGCAGAAGGAGGAGGGGAUGAGCGCACGCGAUGGUGGAGCGGACAAGGCCGCGCAGACGGAGGUAUGGGCGGCAGCCAUGGCGGCAGGCGGUCGCGAGCAGGAAGAAGCGGCGGGAGAGCAAGUUGAGGCGGGGCGUGCGUGGCACAGCGACAAGGAGCUCAUGGCGCAGCAGAUGAUGGCGCUGCAAGCUCUUCUCGCCUCCGGUGACUUCUCCGCACUCGCACAGUUUAGAGGCGAGGGCCUUCCGCAGCACACUGGACAGCAGCAGCAGCAGCAGCAGCAGGCAGGCCAGCAGUGUCCAGACGGAAUGAGGCAACAGCAGCCAACUCGGCAUGAGGCCCAGGGUGAUGGCACGCAAGAUGGUCUGUUGGAGGGGUCUGGCGCGCAAGGGUGGGACGAAGAGGGGCCAGUGGGGAGAGGGCUUGUGGCGGCAAUUGUUAGGCAGAGCAGCAUGCAGGUAGGGGCAGAGACACACGCGGCGCAAGCACAAAGGGCGCUGGAGGAGGCAGCGAAACGGAAUGGCGGCGCAUGCAGUGAGGUCGGUGUGAGUGUGCGGGUACAUGAUGAGGUGGGGCCGGGAGAGGGUGGUCCAGGGGACGACGAGAAGGCAGGAGGAGGUGGUAUGGCGGAGGCAAGUGCACGGAAAUGGAGACACGAGAUGGGUAUGAUAAGUUCAAGCUUGAUUGGGCGAGGCAUGGGUGUGGGUGGGAAGGAGAUGAAGGGUCCACGAAGUAUGGGAUUAAGGGACGGGGUAUUUGGAAGCAGCAAAGUGGGAGGAGAGGGAGGAGCGAGCAGCGGCAGUGAUGGGGAUGAUGUGGACGAUGCGUGGGGGCAGGCGGGCACGGAGGAUGGAGCGUUUAUGGAUGGCAUGUCAGGAGGGCAUGGCAUGGUUGCUGCACGCGGCAGCAGUGCGGCAGCAGAGGACACGGAGGUGGCAGGGGCGAACAGCGACGACCUUGCUCUGGAGUGGAGCAGGCGAAUGAGGAGGAUGAAGAGCAACCGCGAGUCGGCCAAGAGGGCACGCAUCAAGCGGCAGCGCCGCCUGCAAGAGCUGGAAGUUCUGACUUCGUCGCUGCAGCGGGAGAAUGCUGAUUUGAGUCAGCAAGUGGUUGCGCUGAGUCAGCAAAUGCAGCAGAGCGAGGCACAGAAGGAGGAGCUUGAGAAGGAGGUGGCAGCGCUGCGCGCAUGUGCCCUGGCCUUGGGCAGUGGAGGAGCGGCUACACCCACCGCACCCGUCACACACAGCACACAGUCUCCACACACGGCCCCUAACCCCUUCAUACUGCCCCCAAGCAUGAGUGUGACUGCAGAUGCGGCACACUAUAAACCUACUGGAGGAGACCGCGCCCGCCAGACCGAGGAAGCCACCACUGCCAUUGGAGGCGCACAGGAUACCCGUGCUGAGGUUGGGGAAGGAGAGGUUUUGGGAGUCGCGUCUGUGGAUGCUGCAGUGCUGGCUGUAUGCAUGGAUAAGGAUUCAGUCACGGACUUCGUGUGA